GAGGAGGCAGUAGCAAGGAAAAAUAAAAAGGUGAAUUCCUUCCAGGCACCAUCUCCAAAGAUGGUCGAGGCAGAGGCUGGAUCAUCGACAAUGGCAGCGACAGCAGCAGGCAAUAGCAGCGUGGAGCCGGUGCACAUCACCAUUUCGCGCGAGUCGGGCGCAGCGCUCAUCUGGACGUCGGCCGAGGCUUCGCAGGUGCGCGCGCAGCAUGGCAUCGUGGGCCUCCUCGUCGGGUCGCUGCCUCUGAUGCCCCAGCAGAAUGUCUUUCUGGGCCUGCCGCUGAGCCUAUUUGACGAGGAGGUCGUCUAUCUCGUCCGGCGUGGGGCUGCGGUGCUCGUGGAUGAGGCCGAGGCGCAUGGCGUCUCUGCGCAGGACGAGGUGGCGGCGGCGCGGCUGCAUGAGGAUCGGGCAAUCGACCGCGAGGAGCAGCAGCGGAGGGCGAGAGCGCUGGCGCAGGAGACAAAAUCAAAGUACGAGAGAGAGAUGAAGGAGAAGGGAGCCGCAUCCAAGGACAAGAAGAACAAGGAGGCGAUGGCGCGUCGGCAGGAGAGGAAGGAAAAGAAGGGCGAUGGCAGUGACGAUCUCUUCGGAGGAGGAGGAGGGACGAGCCAAGACAAAGACAAGGAAGAGGAGGGAAAGGUCGGUGGGGGCUACUCGAUCCACAUUCCGACCGACUCAAACAGCAUGCCAUGGUACCGCCAGAGAGCACCAAAGGCGACGUACAGGACGCUCUCCCAGGCUGCAAAGGCCGGCCUGUGGACCUAUCCCCGCACCGCCGAGCAACAGGCGAGGUGCGCCGUCUUUGAGGCGCUUCGCGCAAAAGACUACUACAUGAGCAAAGGUCUGCGCUUUGGCGGUGAUCUUGUCGUGUAUCCUGGCGACCCGCUUCGGUAUCACUCUCACUUCACGGCCACUGUGCAGACGACACGGCAGUCGUCAUUCCCUGUGCAGGAGCUCGUCGCCGCAGGACGACUGGGUACGGCUGUCAAAAAAGCCCAUCUGCUGUGCUCUGUCCAUGGACAAGAGGACGUAGACGACGCCAAGAUCAUAGCGAGGCGACUCGAGGGCGCAGACGACGAUGCACGCACCUCUUCGUGGGGCGAUGUCGACUUCUUCAGUCUGACGUGGGCAGGUUUCGGGACAUGAUGUAUAAAGAGAGAGAGAGAGAACUUGCUAUGUGUGAAACUUGUAUUGAGUAGUAAUAGUACUUGUAUCCCAAGCUAAUCUGACAGCAUUCAUCGUCCCAUCC